CGGCCAGCCGUGCAGCAUUCGGUAGGAAAGCUCGAUCGGCUACGCGGACGCAUCAGCGCAAGUUGGAUUUGGCUACCUCAUAUUACCACGGUUUGCGCUAGCGGAUGUAAGUGUCUUUUCCAGUGAAUAAAUAAAGUGUAAAUUUUGUGAACAAACUCAGUGAUUCAAGUAGCAGAACAGUUACUUCCAAUGAAGAAGCUAUUGGUCUUUGCUUUGCUGGUUCUUCCGGCGGUUCUCCUUACGGUGGACAAUGGCUCCCGGUUCAUGGCCAAUGCUACCGAGGAUGAAUUAGACGAGGAAUUGGAUGUUGAAGUUGAAUCCGAUGAGGCAUCGGUAACCCAAAACGAGGAGCCGGAAACAGAUGAAGAACCAGAAACGACGAAAUCGCCAGAUGCAGAUACGUUCCUUCUAUUUACAAGGCCUCUCUAUGUUACUGGAACUCAACUGGAAUUGCCUGCUGGAAAUCCUGUCGAAUUCCUCGUUGGAUUCGCCAAUAAGGGAAGUGACGAUUUCAUAGUAGAAAGCGUCGAAGCUUCCUUCCGCUAUCCCAUGGAUUUCAACUACUUCAUUCAAAACUUUUCGGCUAUUGCCUACAACCGAGACAUUAAACCGGGUCACGAAGCGACCGUCUCGUACUCCUUCCUUCCAUCUGAAUCGUUUGCCGGUCGGCCAUUCGGAUUGAACAUUGCGCUCAACUACCGUGACGCCAGUGGAAAUCAGUUUUCCGAAGCCGUCUUCAAUGAAACCAUUUCGAUUAUCGAAAUCGAUGAGGGUCUGGAUGGGGAAACGUUCUUCCUGUACGUGUUCCUGGCGGCUGUUGUAGUUUUGUUGCUGGUGCUCGGCCAACAAUUCCUGGCAUCGUAUGGCAAGCGUAAACGCUCCCCAGCUGCCCGUAAAACUGUGGAAACCGGAACCACCAGUACCAAGGAUGUGGACUAUGAAUGGAUUCCACAGGAAACUCUCAAGAGGAUUCAAAAUUCUCCCAAGGGCGGCAAAGUGUCCCCGAAGCAAAGCCCACGGCAGCGGAAGGCAAAGCGAGCUGCCGGUGCCGAUGAUUAGAUCAACGGCUUGGAGAACUCAUUGCUUUGAAAAGGGUAGCUAUCGUUAACAAAGCAUAAAAACAGAAACACAAAUAUGUAGAAUGCCCAUCACCAUCAUCAACACAAAAAGCACAAUCGGUGUCGAACAAUAAUUCUGGCGUUAUCUUCCGGAAAGUCGUUUGACAGAAUGGUUAGUUGGCCUAACAAUUUAUAAUGACAAAUUUGGUAUCUUGCGAAAAGUCACAUUGUGCUAGAUAACCGUUAUGUCAAAUGGUCCUAAAGUCAAAACGGGACGAACCAGAUUAUUUCCAUUGGCAAACAUUCAGCAAACAAUAGGUAGUGUUUAAAUUUACAUUAUUUCAUUUCGAGAUUAAAUGAGUGAUGAGUCCGGUGUGUGACUGCACUCGUUUUGUGGAGGACAUUUAUGAAUGAUUUAGUCAAAAUGAGUUGAAAAUAUCGGAAACUUCCUAUUAGGAACAUCCACAUAAAACAACGUUGUAGUUUAUUUUUGUUGUCAUAGCGUACCAAUUGUCUCAAUUUCCAAUCAUUUGGUGAGGAAGAUUUUUUUAAUCUGUAUAAUCAGAACAAACAUGAUUUGUGUACUGGUAAGAAUGAGAGUGAGACUGCGAUGUUAAUUCCAUUAGGUUGAUUUCCUCUUUGUAGAAUGGAAUCUAGCACUCAAACUAUCAAACAAACACACCUUAUGAAUAUAAUUUAGUUGGAAGGCGUGAGACCGAACAGGACGCUUCGUUAGUGGAAGCGCAUCAGAAAGGCCCGCAUAUGUUGGUUAUCCUUAAACAUAACUCUUAAGUUGUAGGAUGUUCUGUCGUGAAAUCUUCAUUUUGCUUAACUUAAUUUACGCGUUUGAAAAAAGAACCUUAAAUAAAAUGUAAAAAAAUGA